UCCGGUCACAUCCGCCAUUUCGGUGGAGACUGGAAGCCAUUGUUAGCUAAAAAUACCGCAGAGGUGAAAGUAUCGAAUAUAAAUUCGCCAAUUUUAGCAUCAAUCUCGAUUUAAGGUUUAAGACUUUAAGGUAUAUAUGCUUAGAGCAAGUAACGUCGAGAAGAACACAAUUUAAGGCGUUUUCUUUGCGUGAAUUUGUCCGCUUUCUCCUGUAGCGUUAGCUUAGCAGCAGGAAGACCGCAGGCUGUUUACCGAAGAUUUCUGCGUUUCUCGCGAUAAUAUCCGAACCUAGUUUUAAAUUGAUUAAAUACAUCCGAGACCUUUAUAUUUGACAUCUUCUCUCAAGUCGUCGCACAGGACUCGGUGAAGAGCGAAGGAGAGAUGGCGAGCUCGGUGGGGAACGUGGCUGAUAGCACAGGGUUGGCAGAGCUGGCGCACCGUGAAUAUCAGUCAGGAGAUUUUGAGGCGGCUGAACGCCACUGUAUGCAGCUGUGGAGGCAGGAGCCGGAUAAUACUGGCGUACUGCUGCUGCUCUCCUCUAUCCACUUCCAGUGCCGCAGGCUUGACAGGUCUGCCCACUUUAGCACUCUGGCCAUCAAGCAGAACCCCAUGCUGGCUGAGGCCUACUCUAACCUGGGCAACGUUUACAAGGAACGGGGUCAACUUCAGGAGGCCAUCGAGCACUACCGCCACGCGCUCCGUCUCAAACCGGACUUCAUCGAUGGAUACAUCAACCUGGCAGCAGCGUUGGUGGCAGCAGGGGACAUGGAGGGAGCAGUUCAAGCAUAUGUGUCCGCUCUCCAGUACAAUCCUGAUCUGUAUUGUGUACGCAGUGACUUGGGUAACCUGCUUAAAGCGCUUGGGCGCCUUGAAGAGGCAAAGGCUUGUUACCUGAAGGCAAUUGAAACCCAGCCGAACUUUGCCGUGGCCUGGAGUAACCUGGGCUGCGUGUUCAAUGCUCAGGGGGAGAUCUGGCUGGCCAUACAUCAUUUUGAGAAGGCAGUGACCCUGGACCCUAACUUUUUAGAUGCUUACAUCAACUUGGGCAAUGUUCUGAAAGAGGCUCGUAUCUUUGACAGAGCUGUUGCUGGUUAUCUGCGUGCCCUCAGCCUGAGCCCUAACCAUGCUGUUGUCCAUGGAAACCUGGCGUGUGUGUACUAUGAGCAGGGAUUGAUUGACCUGGCCAUUGAUACUUACCGUCGUGCCAUUGAGCUGCAGCCACACUUUCCUGAUGCAUACUGCAAUCUCGCUAAUGCACUGAAGGAGAAAGGCAGUGUUUCUGAAGCUGAAGAGUGUUACAACACUGCGCUGCGUCUGUGCCCGACUCACGCCGACUCCCUUAACAAUCUGGCCAACAUCAAGCGUGAGCAGGGCAACAUUGAGGAAGCUGUGCAGCUCUACAGAAAAGCACUGGAGGUGUUCCCUGAAUUUGCCGCUGCCCAUUCAAACCUGGCCAGUGUCCUGCAGCAGCAGGGGAAACUUCAGGAAGCUCUCAUGCACUAUAAGGAGGCAAUCAGAAUCAGCCCCACAUUUGCUGAUGCUUACUCUAACAUGGGCAACACUCUGAAAGAGAUGCAGGAUGUUCAGGGGGCUCUGCAGUGCUAUACUCGAGCCAUUCAGAUCAACCCCGCUUUUGCAGAUGCUCACAGUAACUUGGCUUCAAUACACAAGGAUUCUGGGAACAUUCCUGAAGCGAUUGCAUCGUACCGCACUGCCCUGAAGCUCAAGCCAGACUUCCCUGAUGCUUAUUGCAACCUGGCUCACUGUCUGCAGAUUGUAUGUGACUGGACUGACUAUGAUGAGCGCAUGAAGAAGCUGGUGAGCAUUGUGGCUGAUCAACUGGAGAGGAACCGCCUGCCAUCUGUGCAUCCCCAUCACAGCAUGCUCUACCCCCUCUCUCACGGUUUCCGCAAGGCAAUUGCAGAGAGGCAUGGCAACUUGUGUCUGGAUAAGAUCAAUGCUCUUCAUAAACCUGCCUAUGAGCAUCCAAAGGACUUGAAGGCCAGUGGAGGCCGUUUGCGUGUGGGUUACGUUAGCUCUGAUUUUGGCAACCAUCCCACUUCCCACCUGAUGCAGUCCAUCCCUGGCAUGCACAACUCUGAGAAGUUCGAGGUGUUUUGCUAUGCUCUCAGCCCCGAUGACAGCACCAACUUCAGAGUUAAAGUCAUAGCAGAGGCUCAUCACUUCACUGACCUCUCACAGAUCCCCUGUAACGGAAAGGCAGCAGACAGGAUCCUUCAAGAUGGAGUCCACAUCCUGGUCAACAUGAAUGGUUAUACUAAAGGAGCACGCAAUGAGCUUUUCGCAUUGCGCCCUGCACCCAUUCAGGCCAUGUGGCUUGGAUACCCAGGCACCAGUGGAGCUCCAUUCAUGGACUACAUUAUCACUGAUAAGGAGACGUCUCCUUUUGAGGUUGCAGAGCAGUACUCUGAGAAAAUGGCCUACAUGCCGAACACUUUCUUCAUUGGAGAUCAUGCCAAUAUGUUCCCUCACCUCAAGAAAAAAGCGGUGAUAGACUUCAAGUCAAAUGGCCAUAUUUUUGACAAUCGCAUUGUACUGAAUGGCAUUGAUCUGAAAGCCUUCCUGGAAAGCCUGCCAGACAUCAAAAUUGUGAAGAUGGAAUGUGAUGGUCAAGAGUCCACUGACAGUAACGGUGCCCUCUCCAUGCCCGUCAUCCCUAUGAACACAGCCGCUGAGGCCAUCAUUAACAUGAUCAACCAGGGCCAGAUCCAGGUCACCAUCAACGGCUUUACGGUCAGCAAUGGCCUGGCCACCACUCAGAUUUUUACAGUGGAGGAGGUUAUAGUAUCUGGGACUGUAGCCUUGCAGAUUAACAACAAAGCAGCAACAGGAGAAGAAGUUCCCAGAACAAUCGUGGUGACCACCCGCUCGCAAUAUGGCCUCCCUGAAGACUCUAUUGUCUAUUGCAACUUCAACCAGCUCUAUAAGAUUGACCCUCCCACCCUGCAGAUGUGGGCCAAUAUCCUGAAGCGUGUGCCCAACAGUGUGAUCUGGCUGCUGCGCUUCCCGGCCGUGGGUGAGCCCAAUAUCCAACAGUACGCUCAGAACCUGGGCCUGCCUGCCUCUCGCAUCAUCUUCUCCCCCGUGGCUCCCAAAGAGGAGCAUGUGCGACGUGGACAGCUGGCUGAUGUGUGCCUGGACACGCCGCUCUGUAACGGACACACCACAGGCAUGGAUGUGCUGUGGGCUGGUACCCCCAUGGUUACUAUGCCAGGAGAGACGCUGGCUUCACGUGUCGCUGCCUCUCAGCUCACCUGUCUUGGCUGCCCUGAGCUCAUCGCCCAAAGCCGUCAGGAGUAUGAAGACGUUGCUGUGAAGCUUGGCACUGAUAUGGAAUUCCUGAAGAAGGUCCGCUCCCGCGUGUGGAAGCAGCGCAUCUGCAGCCCGCUCUUCAACACCAAACUCUACACCAUGGACCUGGAGAGACUCUACCUGCAGAUGUGGGAGCGUUAUUUUCUUCAAUCUCCUUUGAAUUCCUCUUCGUCAACUCAACUCAUCUUUAUGUACGUGGCACUUUCUGCACGCUGUAAAACUCUGAUGUACACAUUUUAA